CCAGACCAAGACGGAGAACGAACAUGGAGCAAAUAUGUAGUAUUAGGAGAAAAACCAUGGCCAGACUUCAUAAGGCUGAAGUGAUGAUUGCUGGAGAACAGCUCAGGUUGAGGCUCCACGAUGGAAAGCUGAUAAAGGAUCGACGGUACCAUUUGCGCACGUACCCUAACUGCUUUGUGGCCCAAGAGCUUAUAGGCUGGCUUUUGAGCCACAAGGAAGCUCCUGAUCGGACCAUAGCUGUCUGUCUCAUGCAGCACCUCAUGGACCAUGACAUUGUUCACCACGUUUGUGACAAGCGGCCUGUGUUUAAGGAUGCAAAACUGCUGUAUCGCUUCCGUAAGGAUGAUGGUACAUUUCCGUUUAAUACAGAGGUGAAGAUCUUCAUGCGAGGACAACGACUGUAUGAACAUCUUAUAUUAGCCAAGAACUCUAUUCUGCAGCUAAGAGAGGAACAUUGUGUUGCAUACCAGCGCUCCUUUCCAGGCUGCCAGUUGAUUGACUGGCUCCUCCAGAAUGGAGAGGCCGAGAGCCGGCGUCAGGGAGUGGAGCUAUGCUGUGCAUUGCAGGAGAAUGGCAUCAUUGAACAUGUGGCAAAAAAGUACAGCUUCUUUGACAGUGGGUUACUAUAUCACUUCUGCAUCAAUUUUCGCCGGCGACGGCGUUUGUCUGAAUUGUUGAAUGAAAGUGAACGAGACAUUGAGGUAGGGGCGGAGACACAGAUACAAGAGGAAAACCACCAUGACAGUCCUUUUGUGCUGCGCAAGACACCGUCUCAGGAGGGCAAUAAUGGAUUCCAGUCAGCUGGGUCAAGUAAGGACUUGAAACAGGCAACCACUGGACAACGAGGUAGCCUGAAUUCCCUUCAGCUUUAUUCUGCAGAAUAUGCACCCCUUGGCCAACCGUCUUCAACCCCACUAGUGAGGUGCAAUCCAAAAUCAGUGCUCAAAAGAAAUUACACAUGUGAAGAGUUAAUGUCACCUGGUGCACCAUUCUUCAAAAGAGUGUUGACGGUAAUGGGGGAUGCAUUGGGCUGGGGCUUUGUUGUUAGAGGUAUUGCACCCUGUUACGUCCAGGCUGUUGACCCUGGGAGUCCUGCAGCUGCUGCUGGAGUUAAGGUUCGUCAGUUUGUGUGCCAGGUGAAUGGACAAAAUGUACUCCACCUGGACUACCGGACGGUCUCAAGACUGGUGAUGACGGGACCUCGCAUUUCUGUGGUAGAAGUCAUGGAACCACUGCAAUAA